CCUUGCCCCUCUGCUCCCCCCUCCCCCCUCCCCUCGCCUCGCUCCAUCGCCUUUCUAUCCCCGCCCAUCUUCGUCUUCACGAUGCUGUCCCAUUCCGCCCGCAUCAGCGCUGCCUCCAUGCGAGGCGUCAUUGCCGCUCGCGCAGCCACCGGCGCCUCUCGCGCCGGCCCCUCUGCCCUGGUCCCGCACUAUGCCGCACGGCUGUUCGCCUCGGCCAGCGGCAACUCCAAGGAUGAUGGCCGGGACUCGGUGGCGGCUCGAAUUGCCGCGGCCCGUGCGGCCCUCGCGGCCGCCGAUGGCGGGCCCGCCAACGAUACCCAAGACGGGGAUGAGGCUGCGGCCGCCGCGGCCGCCCUCAAGGCCAGGAUCGAGGCCGAGGCCGCUGUCGCUGCCAAGCGUAGGGCCGCGGCGGUCGCCGCCGCCACCGCCUCCCCCAAUCCCAAGGCCGCUGUCGAGGAGAUCCCACUCGAUAUGUCCCCGGAGGAGGUGGCCGCGGCCCGGUUCAAGGCCGCGGCUGAGGCCCGUGCUGCCAAGGCGGCGGCCGAGGCUGAGGCCGCUUCCAAGGCCAGGGCUGCCCGCGCGGCCCUCCGCGCGGCCGAUGCCGCCCGGGCGGCUGAGGCCGCCAAGGCCGCCGAGGCCGCCGAGGCUGCCAAGGCCGCUGAGACUGCCAAGGCCGCUGAGACUGCCAAGGCCGCUGAGACUGCCAAGGCUGCUGAGGCCGCCGCCGCCGCCGCCGCCGCCGCUGCCGCCGCCAAGCCCUCCGCGACGCCCACCGGCGCCGGCAAGGUGGCUGACGCCGCCCAAGCCACCGAGUCCACCGCCACUCGCACUCCUCCCCCCCAUGAGGAGGAGGAGGAGGACGACGACGAGGACGACCCGUCUCUCGACCAGGCGUCCGCCCCCAAGGAGGGGAUGUUCUCGCGCGCACGUGGCGGCCUGAGUGCCCUCAACAUCCUGGAGCACACCGACGCCAGCUUCUAUGGCGGCUGGUCGACCAAGGAGUAUCGCCAGCAGUACCGCGAGGCGCUGAUCGCCAAGCACCAGGCCGACAUCGACCGCAUGGUGGCCGGCUUCACCCCCUCCGAGGAGGAGACCACCUCCGUCACGGUGUCGCGCUUCAGCCUGUCCAACAUGGUCAAGGCCUGGUCCAACUUCACCUCUCGCAACAAGCUCUUCAAGGGCGUCGGGUCCUUCUCCGGGGUGAAGGACGACUCGCCGCUCUCCAUCUACCGCAAGCGCAUCUCCGACUAUCUGCACACUCUCGGCGGCGGGAACGAGAUGUCCGAGGUCCUUACCCGGCUGCAGGAGCUUGACCCGGAGUUCUCCGAGGAGAAGUGGAUGCGCUAUGUCCAGACCUACGUCAUCCCCGAGGUGAUGGAGGCCGCUUCGGAGAACCGCGCCGAUGACAUUCGCAUGUGGUGCUCCGAGGGCACGGCCGGCAUUCUCCUCUCCGAGCGCGAGUCCCUGGCCAACCGCAACAUCCUGAUGGAUCGCCAGGUGCACGAGCUCCGGUCGCUGGACAUCAUCGAUGCCGGCUUCGUCGAGGAGAACCCCGUGUUGACCAUCUCCUUCCGGACCUUCGAGACCAUCCAGCUGCGCGACGCCACCACCGGCGAGGCCAUCCAGGACGAGACCAGCGGCAUUUUCCAAGUCUUCUACCAGAUCUCCCUCCUGCGCCUGGAGACCGUGUCGUACGACCGCGCUCCCACCGGUGGCUGGAUCGUCCAGGAUCUGCGCAUGCAGGGUGCCAUGCGGUCGUGGUAA